CACAGCACUUUGCAGGGAGAAGACACAGCUACAGACGUAGAUUAGAGUUGAGGUUAGAUGUAGAAGUUACUGUAUUUGAGCACAAGUGUGUUAAGAUGUCAGAGGGAGUCUAUGAAAACUCAGAUGGAUUUGAAGACGAUGAGCCUGAUGUAAUGAAGAACACAGACAUUGAUGGCCAAUUAUAUGGCAACGUAGGAGCCCUCAAAUCCAGUCCAAGAGAUGGAGUUGUUGUUUCAGUACAUUUUCAGUGGUGGAAGAGACCCUCUGGAGUUGCUGCAGUGUGUCUGGGGCUGCUGUGUGUUCUCCUAUUGGCUGGGAUAAUAGGCCUGUCUGUCUACUAUGGAGUCAUUGGUCAUCACUACGCAACAGAGAGAGACCAGCUACAGGCCAGUUACAACACCCUGACCAAAGAGAGAGACCAGCUACAGACCAGUUACAACAACAUGACUGAAGAGAGAAACCAGCUACAGACCAGUUACAACACCCUGACCAAAGAGAGCGACCAGCUACAGACGAGUUACAACACCAUGACUGAAGAGAGAGACCAGCUACAGACCAGGGUUAGGUUCUAUGAGAAACCCUGUCUAGCUGGAUGGUGGAAGUUUGGCACCAGCUGUUAUUAUGUCUCCCCUACGAUGAACACAGCUGGGGGCGGUCAGAGGGAGUGCAGAACAAUGGGAGGAGAGAUGGUUGUUAUAAACAGCAGAGAAGAACAGAUUCAGCAUCUGGAGUACCUGCUUUAUCAGGAGGACAACCUGGAAUCUGGAUACACUGUGACAAUGGGGUCAUUGUUCCUGACAUCCCAUGCCCCCUGUCUUCUGAGAAUCUUGCUGUGCUCCAACGUCAAUUGAACCCUACCACUCACUCCUCCUCUAACUGGUAUGUUUUGAUGUGAGAGAGGAAGCCAGUCCCGUCAUUGCCACCUCACCCACUCUUAAGAUAACCUUCGGGCCGACUGGGAGCCCAAGGCUGGUUAGGAGACACCGCUAGAGACACUUUGUAAUUGUGAUGAACUGAGAUAAUAGUAGUGUAACACUGUAAUUCAUUAAUCAUAUGCUGUCUUCCCUGUUCCUCUGUUUGACCUGUUCUGUCUUCUACACCUCUACCUCUACCUCCUCUUUCUUCCUCUUUGUUUUAAUAAACACCAUAUGUGCAUUGAAGUACAGAUUGAACUUGUAUUUAGAACAUACUAUUACAAUUAUAAUAUUUAUAAUGCAUGUAUUAUGUAUUUAUAACAUUGGAAUACUAUCCUGUGUCCUCAGAUGAAUGUAGAUGAAGGGAGUUAGAUACGCAUAGGUGUAUUGCUGUAUAUAUGAAUUACAAAUCAGCCUUUACAUGUUUCUAGUCUAUUGUAUAGUUACAAUGUGUAAUCAUUGAUGUCCCAGGAGCAGGAGUGGUAAAAACUGUUGAAGUGUAUAAUUGUAAUACAUACAUGCAGACACAGCAUCAUUCAAAUAAUGGAGUUUGAUACAUCUGGUAUUGAAUAUGACUGAAAAAUAAUGUCUCACAGAGAUUCAUACCUGAACCGCACCUUUAUUUUCCAAGGAUGAGUACAUGAUCGGUGAAUAUAUUCAAUGUACAGGCUACAAUGUUGGGAUCUCAUGUGUGGUAAUAACUACAGUACAUGAAUAUAGGACUUUCAUCCUUGGGACAUAAAUGUCAUUAUAUUCUACUCUAUCUAUAGGCUUCAUUAAUGCCAUUCAGACUUGAAGUCAAUACAACAACUAUGAUAGCUGAGGUUCAUAGAUAGGUUCUGAACUAAUGUUCAUACCAAACAUUUGAAGGGUUCUGAACUAAUGUUCAUACCAAACAUUUUAAGGGUUCUGAACUAAUGUUCAUACCAAACGUUUUAAGGUCCAUACACAGAUCGACUACAUACUGUAGCUAGCUACACAUCCAUCAGCAUACAGUUAUUUUUAUCAAUCCAUGUUUACCAAAUGGGAUAUAUUUAUAAAAUAUGUUAAUGGACAAUAAAGAUGUUCUAUUUUA